CAGCUUACAAAACCCACAAGCACUUACUGCUUUAGCUAUUACUGUUCUGCUUGAAGGAUAGAGCUGUCUGACUCCUUCUUAGAAAGCAAUACUGUAAACAUGACUCAGGAAUUUGUGCAGAGCAAAAUCAAAUCUGAUAAAGUGGCUGUUUUUAUAAAGCCAACCUGUCCUUACUGCCAGGAUGCAGUGAAACUACUCAACAAAUAUUCCUUCAAGAAAGGCCACCUGGAAUUCAUUGACAUUACCACCCAAGAUGAUAUGGAUGGCAUUCAGGAUUAUUUCCAGCAGACAACAGGGGCAAGAACAGUCCCCCGUGUGUAUAUUGGAGAAGUCUGCAUUGGUGGAUAUUCUGAUCUGGCUGCUUUAGAAAAGCAGGGAAAACUCUCUCAAAAGCUAAAGCAAAUUGGUGCUCUAUAGUAACAUGAAGAAAUUUCAUCCUGGACCUGAGGCAAGUCUUGUCAAAACGGAUACAUUUCCAUGAAAAGUUUUGGUUUCAACAAAUCGGCCUCUUCUGACAAGCUGUUCAUCAAAAUUCCCAACAAGCUAUACUCUGGACUAUGACAUCAGCCAGUCAUAUCCUCCAUCUGCCUGAUCUCUUCAUUCUGAAAAAUCCCUACAAGUUUUUUUUUUUUUUUUCCUUAAUGAUUUGAGCAGUAGAUCUGUCAGUCAAAGUCGGCUACACUUCCUUGGAGUAUCAUGCAGUACUUAUGUCACUAAUGUAACUAGACUUCUUAAAUCCAUUCUAAGAGCUCUUCUAGGCAUGUAUUCUUUUGGUAAACUGGCCUCUUCCAAAAAGAACCUGUAAUCUCUACUUGUAUCAUUUCU